AUGGCGCAUAUCGGGAAACUCGGAGAAUUCAGCGAUGGUAAGGAGACAUUUGUGAACUACGUGGAGAGGAUGGAGCAGUAUUUUGAAGCAAAUGAAGUCAAAAAUGAAAAAAGGGUAGCGGUGUUUCUGUCGGUAGUUGGACCAUCGACGUAUGGUGCCCUUAAGAAUCUACUUCAGCCUGCCUUGCCGAAAGAAAAGUCAUUUAAAGACAUAGUAAAAACUCUCACAGACUACUACAUGCCAAAACCUUUAGUGAUCUCGGAACGCUUCAAAUUCAACAAGAGAAACCAGAGAGAAGGUGAGACAGUAAAUGAGUAUGUAUGUGAGUUAAAGAACUUGUCCAAAUAUUGUGAAUUUAAGGACUUUUUGAAGGAGGCACUGAGAGAUAGACUUGUUUGUGGACUAAAAUAUGAAGCCAUUCAAAAGAAAUUACUGUCCGAGGCAGAUCUCACUUUCGAAAAAGCAAUACGGAUAGCCACAGCAAUGGAAACUGCGGAAAAGGAUACUUUGUCAUUCACCGGUAAUUCUACACCAGUUCAUUAUGUGAAAUCAAAGCCAAAUCAUUGGAGGGACAGAAAAGGUAAAAACCCGAAGCCCAUGGUGACAGUAAGACAGUGUUUUCGUUGUGGGGGAAAACAUGAUGCAGAUACAUGUAAAUUUAAGAACACGAAGUGUUUCAAAUGUGAUAAGAUUGGACAUUUGGCAAAGAAAUGCAGACAUGAAAGGGGGAAUCCAAAGUUCAAUGGAAAACCUACUCUAUAUGUGAAUGAGGACUCCAAAUUUGAUCACAGUGAAGAGUAUCAUCAUGAAGAGCACAGUAUCUACUCUGUUUUCAACAUGGAGACAUCAGGCAAAACGAAGGACUAUUCAGUUGACCUAGAGCUAGGAGACAAACUUGUGAAGUUUCAGAUCGACACAGGCAGUGCGAGAACAAUAGUGAAUGAAUCAGUCUACCGAAAUAGACUCUCUGAGUUUAAUCUCAAGAAAUCGUCAGCAUCGCUUAAAUCCUACACCAAGGAGGAAAUUCCAAUUCUAGGUGAAUUUGAAGUGACUGCCAAGUAUGGUGAACAAUGUGUGCCACAAAUGUUACUUCUUGUGGUUAAGGGAAACCAGCCCUGUCUUCUAGGAAGAGAUUGGUUGUCAAAGAUCAGACUGAAUUGGGAAAACAUUUUCUCGGUGACAAGUGGAUCGGUAGACACUUUACUAAAGGAGUACGAGGAUUUAUUCAAGGAAAAUUCAGAUCCAAUAAAGAACUUCAAAGCUCAGAUCAGAAUCAAAGAACACUGCCAACCAAUUUUUUGCAAGGCCCGUCCAGUCCCUUAUGCCCUCAAGGAAAAAGUGGAGGCAGAAUUAAAGAAACUCGAAGAAAGAGGAGUGAUUUAUCCGGUAAAAACAAGCGAGUGGGCCGCCCCGAUAGUGGUGGUUCCAAAACCAGAUAAAUCCGUGAGACUUUGUGGUGACUACAAAGUCACUGUAAAUCGUGUCAUCAGUGAAGAACAGUAUCCCUUACCUAAUACGGAUGAUAUGUUUGCGACUCUAGCAGGAGGACAGAAGUUCACAAAACUUGAUUUGCGACAAGCGUAUUCUCAGUUGGAGCUGAGUAGUGACUCGGAAGAGUAUCUCACAGUAAACACCCAUUUAGGACUUUAUCGUUAUAGAAGACUAGCCUAUGGGGUGAGUUCAGCUAGUGCCAUUUUCCAAGGAGUAAUGGACAAGAUUUUAAGCGGACUUCCGUAUGUGGUGUGUCGCAUUGAUGAUAUCCUGAUCACGGCUCCAGAUGAUGAUUCUCAUGUCAAGACCAUCCAAGAAGUGUUUCGCCGUCUGCGAGAGCACAAUAUCACACUUCGGAAGGACAAAUGCAUCUUCAUGGCUGAUCAAGUGAUAUACAUGGGAUUUUUGGUAGACAAACAGGGGAUACAUCCUACAGAUGAGAAGAUUGCUGCAAUACGUGAUGCUCCUAGACCCAAAGAUGUAAAGGAAGUAAAAGCAUACUUAGGACUCUUAAACUAUUAUGGAGCAUUCUUACCAAAUUUAAGUACGGUACUACAGCCUUUACACCAAUUACUGAAAAAGGGGGAAAAUUGGUCAUGGACAGACAAGUGUGAAGAGAGUUUCGAGAACAGCAAACAGAUGAUUACGAAAGGAAAACUGUUAGUUUUUUAUGAUAUGAACAAACCUCUUCGUCUAGCAUGUGAUUCUUCUUCAUACGGCCUUGGAGCUGUAGUGUCUCACAUUAUGGAGGAUGGAUCAGAAAGGCCUGUUGCCUUUGCUUCAAGGACUUUGAAUUCCAGUGAACGUAACUAUGCACAAGUGGAAAAGGAAGCAUUGUCCAUCAUAUUUGGGGUAAAAAAAUUCCAUAAAUACCUGUAUGGAAGGACAUUCACUCUAAUCACAGACCACAAGCCAUUGGUCACUAUUUUUGGACCAAAGAAUGGAGUACCUACCUUAGCUGCUGCGAUAAUGCAGAGAUGGGCUCUCAUACUAUCAGGAUACCAGUACCAGAUACAGUAUCGAGCAUCGCAGGAACAUGGAAACUGUGAUUCAUUAUCGAGACCUCCUAUUUCUGAUAACCAGGCACAGGAAGACUAUGAAGAUGUCUACUUCUCUGAACUGGAUGAUGUAGAACUUCUUAUUUCAAACACUGACAUUGCUAAAGCAACAAAAAUGGAUCCGGUGCUAUCUAAGGUACAUGAACUUACCUUAACUGGAUGGCCCAAUCACAAUGCAGAUCCAGAACUUCAACCAUUCUUUGAGAGGAGGAUAUCUCUGAGUGUAGAGCAAGGAGUUGUGUUAUGGGGAAUCCGAGUUGUGAUUCCUAAGACUCUAAGAAAGCGCAUACUUGAAGAACUUCAUGUGGAACAUCUGGGUAUGUGCAGGAUGAAGUCACUAGCGCGUGGAUAUCUAUGGUGGCCUAACCUAGAUAAGGACAUAGAGGAAGUUGUCGAAAAAUGUCCGUCAUGUACAUGUAUAUCCGUAAGAAACAGUCCAAAAUCAGCACCACUGCAUCCCUGGAUCUGGGCUACAAGACCAUUUCAGAGGAUACAUAUUGAUUAUGCUGACUACAAGGGUCAAUCCUUACUUAUAGUUUAUGACAGCUAUUCUAAGUGGAUAGACGCCAUUCCGGUAAGAUCCAUGACAAGCUUAAUGACAAUCGACAAGCUCAGAAUGCUGUUUGCAUCCACAGGACUACCCGAAGAGAUAGUUAGUGAUAACAGGACACAAUUCACCUCAAGUGAAUUUAAGGAGUUUGCACGACUGAACGGAAUAAAGCACACAUUGGUACCACCUUACCACCCACAGUCAAACGGAUUUGCUGAGAGAGGUGUUCAGAUAGUCAAAAAGGCAUUGAAAUGUAAGGAAGUUGAUGGGAAGCCGCACUCCCUCGAACAUAAACUGGCUGACCUACUUCUUAAAUAUAGGAUAACACCACAUACUACCACAGGAGUUGCUCCUGCAGAGCUUUUCCUAAAAAGGCAGCUUAGAUCCCGCCUGUCUCUAAUAAAACCUGAUAAUGGAAAACGAGUGGAAAAUUUUCAGCAGAAGAUGAAACAAAAUCAUGAAAGAGGAGUCUUUAAAGUAUAG